CACUUUUGCCCCAUCUCACCAAAGAAACAACACUAAUAUUUUGCCUCACAAAAGCUCCCAAGGAAACGCUUCUUCAUCUUUGGAUCCCCAGCCACUAUCUUCCGAUAUCGAUCGAUCUACCUCCCUCCUCCGCCCUCCUCCUCCCUCCUCCCCCUCUCCUGUAUGGGGGAUCAUCCACGUUGAGCGUCAACAUCGGAUCUCUACAACAUGCUCGGAAUAUCGAAUAUCUGCAAAGGAUACAAAUCCUUUGUUAUGAAAUUGGCCCCCAACCAUAAGCACGGAGACUCAAAGUUUGCAGACAAUCAUGACACCACCAAGGACGAUGAAAAUUUUACGAUUAGUUACCCAACAACACCGGUAGGCGGGUUCGAUAAUCAACGAAGUAUUGAUGAUAACUUCUUGCGCCGAAGUCUUUCAAGGACCUCGAGUAGAAGAUGUAAGACACCGACACCGAGGAGCUUCUCAAGAAGUGCAAGCCGGAGCACCACUCCGACACCCUCGUCGUUGUCAAGAAAUAUGAGUCGAAGGAAUGCCAUGGAGACCGAAAUUUCUGCUUCAGUUUCGAGAAAUAUGGGUCGAAGGAGCACUUCAGAGAUGGAAAUUCCUUCCCUUCUAUCAAGAAAUAUGAGCCGGAGGCACCCUUUUGAGACUGAAAUACAUUCUCCAUCACCCACCACAGCUUCAGCACCAGCCUCUCCAGCACCCGCUUCUCCAUCACCCGCCUCUCCAUCUCCAACCUCUCAAACGUCUAAUGGCAGUAAAUCAGGCACGUCUGAUCAACCGGAGUCUUUAUCAAGAAGUGUGAGCAAGAGGAGCACAACCCCGAUUGUCUUCUCUCGGACAACUGCGAGAAAGAAACCUCGUCCGAUUGAGAAGAAGCUUGCAUUCACACUUGAAGAGUUGUGUCACGGAUGCGUAAAGAAGAUCAAGAUCACAAGAGAAGUCAUCAACAAUGCUGGGAUCAUUGUCCAAGAAGAGGAAACACUGAAAAUAAACGUGCAGCCGGGAUGGAGGAAAGGAACGAAGAUUACAUUUGAAGCGAAAGGCGAUGAGAAACCAGGUUACCUCCCAGCUGACAUACUCUUCUUGAUAGAUGAAAAGAGGCACCAUCUGUUCAAGAGAUCAGGCCGCGAUGAUUUGGAAAUCGCUGUUGAGAUCCCUCUGGCAGAUGCACUGGGAGGCUGCUCAUUUCCAGUUCCUCUGCUAGGAGGAGACAAAAUGACAAUUUCAUUCGAUGACAUCAUAUAUCAUGGCUAUGUAAAGGUCAUUCCAGGACAAGGAAUGCCAAAGCUUAAAGACCCAACAGCGAGAGGCGACCUCCGCAUCACAUGUCUUGUAAAAUUUCCGACACAUGUGAGCGACGAGAAACGAGCAGAAGCAGUUGAAAUUCUACAAGAUUGUUCUUAUGAUUAACAGUUCAAAUAUCUCUUCAUCACUUCUGACUUAUGUGCAGAGGAGCCAACUAGCAUUGUUCUCUUUCGAUCUUUUCUCUACGGGACGAAAAGAAGAAAAAAUACUCACACUUGUUGAAUUUCUAAUUGCAUUGCAUCUAGCCAUGUACAUAGCUCUCCAGUGGACCUAUAUAAUGUGAGAACAUACAUAUAUAAAUUCCUCUGAGAAUUUUGUAAAAGAUAGUGUUCGUAAUGUAUUUGUGCCAAUCUUAGCAAUC